AGGCUAGCCAAAAGCCUUCUGUUCACACUGCUGAGUUACGGCAAACCAAGCUCUGCUCAAUGGCGAAGCCAUACAGCUCCAUCUCACAGCUCCUCCGUCCCAUCUCCACUGACCUCAACACCAGAAGUCUUUGCCCCAGCACUCGAUUCGCCAUCCGCUCCCACUUCCAUAGAGGAGCUUCUCUAGCAUCUGCAGCUGCUGCUUCCCGUGGAAACGAAGCUCGCCAGCACUCGAGGAAUAGGGACGCGCAGGCGGCGCCGCGAGCACCACGGCGAUUGAUCACCAUCUCGACGUCGGGUGGGAGGUGGCAGGGGCAGUGGAGCUGCGAGUACAUGUUCACGCUCAGAGAGCUUCAGUUGGCGGACAUUGCAGAAGAGGGGCACGACGACGCGGACGUCUUUGUUAGGCUUACCAUUCAAAAGCAUGCGAGCUUUGGCUUCUCCAUUGUUGGAAGAAUUAUGACAUCCUUCAACAGAAAAUGCAGUUGCUGCUUGACAUCCUAUUGCAGAGAGAUCGAUACCACAUUUGAUGUUUGGGUACUACCUUCAAGCAAGAACGGCAAGUUUGAACUUCCUGAAAUUGGUGGAAACGAUCCUUCGGUGAUAUAUGUGAAACCUGGCUCGGAAGCUGAUCUUGAUUCAAUAAUCCAAGAUACCAUACGUUUGACAGCCUCGACAAAGGACACCUGCUCAGAAUCAUGUGCGAAGACUACAAUCAUAUGGCAAUCUACUGAUGAGAAGAAGGAGUAUGACCGAAGGUGGCAUAGGCUUCUCGAAAUAAGGGAUGCAAUGUAGAGCAUGCUCAAGUUUAUCAGUCUACAGUUUCAUUUGAAGACAUGUCGUUGAUCAUAUUUCAAAGGCAAGGAUAAUCAAAAAGACUGUUGCCAAUGUGCAUAAUAUCAAGAAAAGAGUGAUGAAUAAGAAAGUGGUGGAUGCCGCGGUUCUCAUAGUUUGAAGAGUUUCUUGGCACAAAAAUAACUGCACAACAGGUUACUCUUAGGUAGGUAGGAAGGUAAAUAUGUUAUAUCUACUUGUGAUCAAGAUUUGUUUUGGCUUCCUGUUCUUGGUUAAUUAAGCCAAACUUUUACUUCAUAUGAGGGUCCAAAUAUCACUACUUUAGAACAUACAUAUAUAUUUUUGCAUCAUUUUUGAA